AUGGCUGCCAGAACCUCGAGAUACCGCGAACGAAACGCACAAGGAACGCAGUUCCAUCACUUCAUUCCACGAUUUAUUCUGCGUAACUUCGCAGCGGCGACGCAACCUCCUUCCGGCCCGACCAAACGGCGUGGAAAAUCGAAGGGCAAACCGCACGAUUGUUUCAUAAACUCCAUCAACCUCCAGUCGGGCAACGUGGAACCAUGCCAGCUACGGAACAAUGGUUUCCAUCAACGGUACGAUCACGACUCUUUAGACACGUACAACUCGGACGACAAGGAACAUUUGAGAGAAUACAUGGAGAAGAGAAAGUUCAAGAGACCAAAGGAUGUGUGGUUUGACAAUAUUCGACAAAUUUUGGCUCUGGAGAUGGAUCCAGAAAUGCGAUGGGCGGAAAGGAUACAGCAAACGGCGUACACGCACGAUGCGCUCAUGUUUAUUCUGCACGCCCAGGGCAGCUUCAUGUCGUUCUGUGCCCCGAAAUUGGCGGGCCAGGAGUUUGUCCUCACAGAAAACGCAUACGGCAUCUUCGAGGGGCCCGUCAGCCCACGCAUCGACCCGGACUCGGGUGAGCUCCAGCCUGGGGUUUACACGGAGUAUCACAACUUCGCUCCGAUCGCGCCUGACCUCAUGGUCGUUUUCCGAAGCUUCAUACUUCCAACAUUGAUCGACGAAGGCGACCAAGCUGAACGAGCGGACCUUCCGGUCGGGAAAUGCGGCAACAACUACUCCAAGAUCGUGGAUGGGAAGUUCGUUCCAUUGAAUGGAUAUCAAGGCCCUUCGGCGGACCAUGUCUUUUAUUUCAAAUGUUUUCCCUUGGAGCCUCGUCAUGUCGGUCUCAUCAACGAACUUUUGCUGGAAGAGGCUUGGCCAACCAAGGCCAUUGCCUUCCGAUCCAAUGACUACACGAAAGAAAUCCUUGUCGAUUACCUCAAAGACCCAAGAAAAGGAUUCAAGGUCGUAACCGACCAACCUGAUGACCCGCGGCUGAAGUACCUCCGGAAGCUUGAGCGCGCUGUUUCACUCCUCGGAGGCCCGAAAGUCAGCAGCGUCUACGAAUGCAUUAAACUUCCGAAGCCAGAAGUGCACAUGUCGCAAUGGGUUGCGACCAUGGUUGGAUUCGAACUGCUUGGCCAGCGCCAGGAUCUCUACGAGAUAUACAAACAUCUACGCCCAGGUGCAACUCCGGAGGAUUAUUUUUAUGACGUCAGUCAGGCCGGGCGGAUGUUAUUCUUGCGUAUUAAAACGGACGUCAUCAUGAACAACUGCAGGCUCUCGGAUGCCAACAAAGAGAUCGUCAGAGCCAAUCGGCAUGACAUCCUUACAUCCCUGCCUAUUCAGAGAGUCUGGCUGUAUCUGAAGGCGUUCAGGAAUGCGCCGAAGUUUGAUAUUGCGGACUUCAAAAUCCAAAAGGAGCCACUUGAUCUCGACGGCCCAGAGGACUUUGUUGCUAUGCACUUCAGCCAUAAAGGGGUGAAAUGGAUGGCCCAGGCAAUGUUUUUUGAGCCUCCGAGAGCGGGAAACAACUAA